CACCCAACACCAAGUUGUAUUACCAUCAAACUCACGAAUAUGAAAACAAUCUCUUGUAUAAGGACCACACUCUGGUUAUCAGCGUUGACAUUCCAAUGUAUGGUCGUUCUUGGGGUUGACGUCGUAGGUCGUGUGGCUUGGAAUACCGCCUUACCAGAUAUCAACCACCUACCAACCGAUUCCAAAGUGGUACUACGCUCUGGCCGAUCCGUAGAAGACUUCAUCAGGCAAGACGGGACUUUUGUCUUACAGGACGUUGAGCCGGGGAAGUACGUUCUGAUUGUCCAGUGUCGGACUGUGGCCUUCCCCGCGCUUUCGAUCGAAGUCCCCUCCUCGAAAGAUGGCCCAAAUACUGGGCCGCCGAUUGUUAAACACCAUGUUUUUGGCCAAGCUCCUCCGCCCCCGGUCGACCCAACCGGUCCACCAAGGCCAGAAUUUCGUCUACAGUACCCUAUUCAACUCGUACCCACCGCAAAAAUUCAAUACCAAGAAAUCAAGGUUGGCUUCAACCCGAUCGCUAUGUUGUUGGGUAACCCGAUGUACCUCUUGAUGGGCGGUAUGGCGGUGUUCAUGAUGAUUAUGCCCAAGCUCAUCGGUCUCAUGGACCCAGAAGCAUUAGCUGAAGUGCAAGCGAGCCAAGCCGACUUGCACAAACAGAUGGCCUCUAUACAGGACAUGGAUCUGACGUCCGGCAUUGCAAAGAUACUGUCCUCUUCGAGUGAUAAAGCAGAACCACUAUCAAGCUCCCAUGCUUCCGCUAAAACCACUUCGCAUGCGACUGAAAAUCAUGUCAAGCGAAGGAAGUAGUUUGUCUAUCACACAUCUGAUAUUACUUGGGCUUCUUGUUGGGGAUAGUCAGUAAUAAAAGUAGUCAGGAACGCUCUUAUCAAUCCUAUCCAACUAUGGUACCUUGGACAACUUGUACACUUAAUGGCACAUAUCUUUCCUGCAACGCAAACAAAAUCACCUAUCAUGUCGAUGCUCCGGCCACAUUGGAAUCGUAAAAUCAGCUCGAUGUGAUACAUUCAUUGGAAUAUCUCAAACAUACCUCAGGGUUCAAGAAAACAGUCACCCACCUGAGUUUUAGCCUAUUUCUUUACUGGUCGUUGUGAUUAGUGUCGCCAAUCGGAAAGAGAAAAAGCACCACAGCGGUACAUUGAAAGGAUUCUAAGCCGAAAUACAAACAACUGAGUGACUUGUAUCUAGUUCACUCUGAUUGAACAGAAGAUGAAGCAAACCAAUAUAAGCAAGUUUAGCGCCCACAAGAAAUGAUUAGAC